UCCUGCAUUGUUUCCAUGAUAUGACUUCGCCAGCCACCCAACCCACUAAAAAAAUAAGAAAAAGCUUUUCUUUAUUCUUAUUCUGUUUUUGUAUGUAUUUUUCUUUGUGUUUGUCCUCUGAGAAGCCUCAUCUCAACGAUGAACAUGGCUUCCAUCGUUGAAAAAUCCUUUCCUUCUUCUUCGAAUUAUUACCAUGUCUUCUUGAGCUUCAGGGUGGACGAUACCCGCAAGCCCUUUGUUGCUCUUCUCUAUAAAGAGCUGGAACGCAAAGGAUUCCUCUGCUUCAAAGAUAAUCAAAAGCUUGGGAGAGAGAAAUCCAUAAAGGCUAUCGAAUUUUCAAGAUUUGCAGUCGUUGUCAUUUCUGAAAGCUAUGCUUCUUCCGGUUUGUGCUUAGAUGAGCUUCUAAAGAUCAUCCAAUGUAAGGAAACAAUGGGACUCUCUGUUCUCCCCAUUUUCUAUAAUGUGGAUCCCUUGGAGGUUAAAGAGCAAACGGGUUGGUUCGCACAAGUUUUCACCCAGCAUGAGAAAGAUCCUUCCGUGGUGGAGAAGGUGCAGAGCUGGAGGGAUGCUCUAAUCAAAUUGGCCUUCAUUGAUGGCUGGAAUUCUCGGGACUGGGCUGAUGAUCACAAGCUAACAGAGGAAGUUGCCAAAGUCAUUUUAAAGGAAUGGCUCAUUCAUAUGUCGCCCAGUGAUUUUAAUGGCUUAGUUGGAAUUGAUUCACGAGUUGAGCAAAUUCAAUCAUUAUUGAACAUGGGGUCAGAGGAUGUUCUCUUCGCAGGAAUUUGGGGAAUGGGUGGUAUUGGAAAAACAACCACUGCAAGAGCUUUGUUUAAUCAAAUCUCCAACCAAUUUGAAGCUGCUUAUUUUGUUGCAAAUGUUAGAGAAGAAUCAGAAAAACGAUCAACAGUUCGUCUACGAGAUGAAAUUCUUUCAAAAGUUUUAGAGGAGACAAAUCUAAAUAUGGGAAUGCGUAGUGUGUUACCCAGGUUCAUUGUGAACAGACUCCGCCGAAAGAGGAUUCUCAUUGUUCUUGAUGAUAUUAGUAAUGUAGAGCAAUUGACAACUUUAGCUGGAGAUCACAAUUGGUUUGGUUCAGGAAGUAGAAUAAUUAUAACUAGCAGAGACAAGCAAGUGCUUAUAAAUAAAGCUGACAAAAUACAUGAGGUUAAGGGAUUGAAUUACCAUGAAGCUCUUCAAUUAUUUAGUUUGAAAUCCUUCAAACAAAAUCAUCCUGUAGAAGAUUAUGUGGUGUUGUCACAGAGGGUUGUCAACUAUACUAAAGGUGUUCCUUUAGCCCUUAAUGUGUUGGGUUCCUUGCUGUACAACAAGCAAACAGAGGAAUGGAAAAGCACAUUAGAAAAAUUAGAAGAAUCUCCUAAUUUAGAAAUUCAGAAGGUGUUGAAAAUAAGUUAUGAUGAAUUAGAAUGGGUAGAUAAGGAUAUAUUUCUUGAUAUUGCUUGUUUCUUUAAAGGAGAUGAUGUAGAUUGUGUAAUGGCUAUUCUAGAUGGUUGUGAUUUUUUUCCAAGCAUUGGAAUAAGUCGUCUCAUUGAUAAGAGCCUCAUAGCUAUUGUAGACAACAAGUUAGAUAUGCAUGAUUUGCUACAAGAAAUGGGCCAGGAUAUUGUUUGGCAAGAAUCAAGCAAAAACCCCAGCGAAUGUAGCAGAUUAUGGAUUCCUGAAAAUAUCUAUCCUGUAUUGACAAGGAAUGAGGGAACUAUUGCAACUGAAGGUAUCUUCCUAGACAUCUCCAAAAUUGACAAGGUAAACUUAAGUCCUGUAACCUUCUCAAGAAUGUGCAAUAUGAGAUUGCUUAAAUUCUAUCACAGCAGCUCUUUGUCAUGGAAAAACCCUACUGGCUUUAUAUCAAAAUCUACACUGCAGUCAUGUGAUGGUCUUCAAUCUCUUCCUAAUAAGCUAUCUUAUCUCCAUUGGCAUGGAUACCCAUGGGAAUCUUUGCCAUCUAAUUUUGCUAUGGAGAAUCUUGUUCAACUUGAAAUGCCUUUCAGCAAAGUUAAAGAGCUUUGGGGUGGAGUUAAGCAUCUUCAAAAGUUAAAACAACUUGAUCUUCAUGAUUGUGAGCACCUGACAACACUCCCGGAUCUGUCUUCAGCUUUGAACUUAGAAAGGAUAAUUCUUGAUAAUUGUCCAAAUCUACUUGAGAUUCCUUCCUCCAUUCAAUGCCUUCCCAAGCUUGUUUAUCUUAGUCUAUCUAAUUGCAAAGAGUUGCAGAGUCUUCCAAGCCUCAUUCCCUUGAAAUCUCUUCACACUCUUAAACUUUCUAGCUGCUCAAAUUUGAAAAAGUUUCCAGAGAUUUGCGAGGAGAUAGAGGAGUUGCAUUUAGAUGGGACUGGGGUGGAAGAGUGGCCCUCCUCUAUUCAAGUUUUGGACAAGCUAAAAGUCUUAUCCCUGGAUCAUUGUGAAGACCUCAUAAGUCUUCCUAGCAGCAUUCAACUGAAAUCUCUUGAUACUCUUGAUCUCUCUUGGUGCUUAAGUCUUAAGAAUUUUCCAGAGAUUAUAGGGAAUAUUAAGCGCAUAGAUUAUGGAUCCACUGCAAUAGAAGAAGUGCCAUCAUCAAUUGGAUCUCUCACUUCACUUGUCAAAUUGAAUUUGAAGGACACAACAAUAAAAGAAUUGCCCUCUUCUAUCGGAAAUCUAUCUUCACUUGUUGAAUUGAAUAUUGGAGAAAGCUCAAUAAAAGAAUUGCCAUCAUCAAUCGGUUGUCUCUCUUCACUUAUUAAGCUGAAUAUGGCAGUGUCUAGCAUAGAAGAGCUUCCCUCAUCAAUCGGACAUCUCUCUUCACUUGUUGAAUUCAAUCUUGACAAAAGUGCAAUAACAACAUUGCCCUCAUCUAUCGGAGGCCUCACUUCUUUGGUUACGUUGAAGCUGGCAGUGACUGAAAUAGAAGAAUUGCCCGCAUCAAUCGGGUGUCUUUCUUCUCUUGUUGAAUUAGAUUUGAGCCAGUGUCCGAGGCUUGGGAGUCUUCCAAGCAGCAUUGGAGAGUUGAAAUGCCUUGAAAACCUUUUUCUCUGUGGCCUUAGAAGGCUUAGGAGUCUCCCAAGCAGCAUUUGUGGGUUGAAACGACUUAAAGAUCUUUAUCUCAAACAAUGCACAAGACUUGGCAAAUUGCCUCCUUUAUCUGGUUUCGGGUCCUUAAGAGACCUUGUUCUGAGCUACACUGGAAUAAUAAAAAUCCCUGGCACACUUGGCUACUUAUCAUCAUUGCAGGUUCUACUUCUAAACGGAAACAAUUUUAUGAGGAUACCCACAAGCAUUAAAGAACUUUGGGGGCUGGAAGUCCUUGACAUAUCCUACUGCAAGAGGCUCAAGUCUUUGCCAGAGCUUCCAUGCCGAAUAAGAGUUCUCCUUGCCCAUAAUUGUAUCUCCCUGAAGACCGUAUCAAGUCCCUUCAUUCAGCCUGGAGAAUCGCAUGAACAUUCGCCAGAAGAUAAAUAUGGAUUUACAUUUGCUAAUUGCGUGAACUUGGAGAAGAAUGCAUGUAACUACAUUGUUGAAAAUAUGGUGCUAAAAAUUCAACAUUUGGCAACUGCAUUACUGCAACUUCCCACUAGAUAUGAAGAUAUAAUGAUUUCCCCAGUCGUUUGUUUCCCAGAAAAUGAAAUUCCAGAAUGGUUCAUGUAUCAAAGUACUGGAGCUUCAAUAACGACCCUGCUCCCUCCAAAUUGGUAUAAUACCCAGUUGGUGGGUUUCACUUUUUGUGUUGUUAUUGAAUUGGAGAAGCGUCGUUAUCGGGAUGGGUUCACUUUUCAGUGUAAUUGUCGUAUUGAAAACGAGAAUGGUGACAUCCUUGAAUUCUCCUCCAAGGAGAUUGGAGAAUGGGGCAAACAGUUUGAGUUCGAGUCAGAUCACGUCUUCCUCUGGAACACAAGCUGUGUUGAUAUGCUAAUAGAGGAAAGAUACGACCGGCUAAGGGAUAACUCUUGCACUGCCACUUUUGAGUUUGAAUCUUAUGUGGAGGACGAAUUUAAGGUCGGGAUGCCUGGUGCAAACAAUUUCCAGGUGAAAAAAUGUGGGUUCAAUCCAGUGUACGCAAAAGAUGAGGAGUGGGAUUCAACCGUAGAUAAAUCCAUCUCUUCUUAUGAUCCAAUGCAGAUUUGCAGGAACGAUGGGGCGAGAAAUCCAGAUUUUGGGGAACAGGUGAUGGAAAUCCAUGCUGACAAGAAAAGGAGCACUGAAGAUUACUGCUUUAAUAAGACCAACUGCAUUGAAGAUGGAAGUGAGGAAAUGGAACCACAACAAAAGAAAUUGAAAUAAUUCCUAUAAAUUCAAUCUUAAACAUUGCAUACUGACCAGUGUUGUAACCAAUCCAGCUUUUGUUGAGGCUCGUUAAUGGAUUGGAAGGAGUAUUAUAGUGUGUUUAAAAGCUUAGCUUCAAGAAAAUGUUAGCCAGUGUCUUAUCAUUUGCCAAGUCUAUGGUGCUUGUUCAUAAUUAUAAUAGGCUUUGAUCCUUAGUUGAUUGACAAUAUUACGAGACUUUUGUUUUAAAGAA